AUUUUACUGUAGGCUUGCCCAGAAACUGUUGUUAGUAAUUACACAAUACCAGGAAACCCAAGAAGGAUUUUAUGUGUUGGAACAUAAACAAGACUCAGCAAAUUUAGAAGGAACAGAAAACAGACACAGGAAAACAAACCCUGGGAGUCACUCACAGAACCAAAAAGCUUGGAGAUAAUCGUAAGGAUUACCCGUAAAUGACCAUUUCAGAGGAAUAAUGGGUUUUAUUCUUUUACUCGCUCUGAUCCCAGCAGUCACCUGCUCACCGGUGUUUCUUCCAGUCGACUGCACUGACUUGUACAACAGAGGUUUUGGUCACAGUGGUGUGUACAGCAUCUACCCAGCAGGACCCGUGUCACCAGUCCAGGUCUACUGUGACAUGGGCAGUGCCGAUGACCCCGAUAGUGGUAAAUGGACUGUGAUUCAGAGAAGAAAAGAUGGCACCAUGAACUUUUAUCGUGGAUGGGACCAGUACAGAACUGGAUUUGGACAAGCAUCAGGAGAAUACUGGCUGGGGCUGGAGAAUAUCCAUGUCCUUAGUCUGAGGAAGAGCUAUGAACUGAGGAUAGACAUGGAGGACUUUGACGGCAACAAAGCCCACGUUCAUUAUUCCUCCUUCUCUGUGGGUCCGGAGCAAGACGGCUACAAGCUUCAAUUCAGUGGCUUCAAAGACGGAGGAGCUGGAGAUUCACUCAGUGAACAUAAUGGUCAGAAGUUUUCUACAUUUGACAAAGACCAGGACACUUCUGUGACAACUAGCUGUGCUAAGACCUACCAGGGAGGAUGGUGGUACGGAGAAUGUCACAGUGUUAAUGCUAACGGUGCUUAUUUAUGGGGCAGCUCAACCUACGGGAUCGGAAUCAACUGGCGUACUUGGAAAGGAUACGAAUAUUCUUUGAAAUCAAUCGCAAUGAAGAUACGACCCAAACAGUGAUGUUAGAUGUCAGAUUAUCGCACUUACCACAUGCAUGUCCUGGCCAAAAACACAGCUACACACACACUGUA